AUGGGGAAUGUGGAGCAACACUCGGGAAAUGCAACGCCAACAACCUUUCUGCAUUACCAGUUGAGUGAUAUGUGGAGGAGUCCUAGGGGGACUGUCCUUCGUAUCGAGGGUUUUGCACUGGUGGCAAUCGCCUGCUCCUUCUUCCUUGUUGCCUUUGGGUCCUGUCGCCGCUGGUCUAAUCGUUGGAUUAUCCAAAAUGGCUUCUUGGCUGCACAAGUGUUAUCUUUGUCCCUUGGGACUUACAGCAUUGGCCUAAUGCAGUCUUCGCCAGUGAAGAGCGAGAUGUAUCCUAUAUGGGCUGUGUCCUUGCUCACACUGUUUGGCUGCAUCGACCCAGUCACCAACUACAUCGGCCUUGAAUACAAAGGUCCAUUGUUGAAGAUGAUAUUUCAGCUUUGCCUCUACUGUGGAUAUGUCCUGCUGAUGAGUGUGUCAACCAUCUCCGGUAGUGUUGGUAAAUUAGCCAUUUGCGUAUUGUCUGUCGUCACCUUCAUGAAGGGCUUUCAUAUGUCAUUGGCGCUUGUCCAGCCUAGCAGAGGGAGGGACGAGUUAGCACUAAUAAAUCCAGCGUUUGCUUAUAAAGAACCACGUGCUUUAGCAGGUGAGGGUGAGGAACUUCUGGUCCAUUUAAAGGAGCCCACGUUCUUGGGAGACCGAUAUUUUAGCAUGGCUGACAUAAACUCGAGCUGUGAGGAAAUGUUGGAUAGGCUACAGUUGAAAGAGAUCACUGUCAAAGACAUUCGAGAUGUGUGCCUUGGCUACUCUCUGUCUCAUUUGUUACAACGACAUUUCCUUGGGUUGGAGACCCCUAGGGAAAUGGAGUUCAAAAUUGAGGAAUUUGAAAGCAUUGCAUGGGAGGACAUCGACUAUAAGAGGACGUUGAAGGCGAUUGAGGUUGAGUUGACUUUUCUGUAUGAUGUCUUUUUCACCAGCAAUGGGUUCCUUCACUGUGACGAAGCAAAAACCUCAAGCUUCUGGGCAUUCGCUUCAUUCAUUGGGAUAUGUUUUGUCGGGGUAGCGACUGCCAUUCCUGGGGCAAUGUCCAGCCAGCACAGUAUUACAGGAGGCUCUAAUAAUAGUCCUGGUGCUGGCGCUGGCACUAUUGUUGUUGUUAACACCACAAGAGUUGACCUGAUCAUCACUCUUGUCAUAUUGGUGUCUCUGGCUCUGCUCCAACUAGUGCAGUUGAUACGGUGCUGGACGUCGAAUUGGGCGCGAGUCGCCUUUGCCUGCGACUACGCCAGGAACCGAAGCAGGCAAGAGUCAACAACCACAGAUCCAGAAAGCUGCGAGCAAAUCAGCUUCAACUCCAAAAAGCAGCAAGUCAGCGGGUGGAUGAGAUUGAAAGCGUUUGUGGUUACCAGGAUGAAUUGGUUUGACAAGUACCUCUGGCAAGAUAAGCUCGGGCAGUAUUCACUACUUGAUGAGGCAGCGAGGAGAGAAUCCCGACAAGGAUUUCAUCUAGUUUGUGUGGAGUUGUGCGAGUUACUGGCUAAGACCCGGUGCGGGCGCGCCUGUGGUCGCUUGCGUCGGAUGCUUGGAUUGCAGUACAUUGGACGGGUGCUCCGGGAAUUGUGGGCCUACGACAAUGUGAAGGCAUUGUGGGCUCCGGGAAUUGAGGGCUCCGGGAAUUGCUGCACAGCCGUCAGGUUGCACGACGAUGUGAAGGCAUCCAUUGCCGAUUUCCUCGGCAAGAUCGAGAGCAGAAGAAUAGGGGUGAAGUGGUCAUCCUUGUUUGACGAGAAUGGAAUAGACUUAGCCUGCCUUCCCUAUUCCACCGUCCCUCUGCGGCUGAGCCCUGGUACUAUUAUGUCCGAUGCCUUCGCGUUCUCGAACCGUGUCUUGAUUUGGCACGUCGCGACUUGUUACUGCGAGGUAGCCGAACCUCAUGAGGGAAGCGCGGGAGUCGGCGGUGGCAGUGGCACUAGAGAGAGGAAUCGGAAUCGGCGCGUGGCCAUGGAGCUGUCCAGGUAUUGCGCCUACCUGGUGGUGUCUGCGCCGGAGUUGCUCCCUGGGCCAUCCGUGGAAGCAAAGCGCGCGCACUUGAUAGCUACGACCCUUUUCCACGAAAAGAACCAAAAGAAAUCUAUUCACUGGGGAAGAAGACGUACGUCGCUGCUGGAGGACAUGCAACAGCUGCUGGAGAAGAUCCAAAAGAGGUUACCUGCAGGUUUUCCAUCCGAUAAAGAAGAUGCCAUUGAGAUGGGUGUGCAUUGGGGGAUGCGGCUUCUCAACCAGAGGCCGCCGCCUCCCGGAUGCACGCCGCGGCGCCGCUCAGACGACCACUGGGAGGUGCUGGCGCUCCUAUGGGUGCAGACGUUGCUCUACGCCGCGCCGUAUGGCGACAUGCAGAAGCACAUGCAGCGUCUCUCGCAGGGUGGUGAGUUCAUCACCCACCUCUGGGCCCUGCUCUACCACAUGGGCAUCGACAGGUGGGACAGUGAACCAGCCCAAGCUGCUGCAGGAGAGACGAGGGAAGCUGCACAAGUCCAAGGAGAUGUCAAGGAUAGAGAGCCUGAAGCUGCUGCAGCAGAGACGACUCAGAAGACGGAAGCAGCACAUGCUACAGGGGAGACGAGGGAAGCCGCACAAGUCCAAGGAUAUGCGAGAGAAGCAGAAAUUCAAGAGAUUGUUUAA